AUGUCAUAUGCUUACGAAUCCUCAUAUUGUUAUAGUUCAGGUGAUGAUUCUUUUUCUUAUUUUUCAGAUCCAUGUUAUUGUCCAAUACACAAUACGUCUCCUCGACCAGCUAUGUGUACACAUUAUCAACCAUAUGCAUAUUAUAAUUAUAUUCCUGUUGCUCAACAGCAAGUAAGUAAUCAAAUAUGUUCAUCUUCUUCUACAUUUCAGGUUCGUCCAGGAAAGCCUACUCGUCGUUUUUCUUCAGAACAAAUUCGUAUUCUUGAAGAACAUUUUUAUAAAGUUGACAAAUAUGUAUCAAAAGCAACAACUGAUGAUCUUUCAACUCGAACUCAAUUAACACCGGCUCAAAUUCGUGUUUGGUUCACUAAUAAACGUACAAGAGAACGUCGUUAA